AUGGAGGAGGGUGACGCGGCGGGUAGGGGUAAAGGUGGACGACGAGGGCGUGGCAGUAGACGUAGAGCGCGUGGUGCGGGGCAUGAUCAAGGUGAUCACAGUGACGAUGAUGACGGCGGUCAUCAGCACGGUCCAGACGGGGGAGACGAUGCAGGCCAUGCUGGAGUAGGGGGUGUUAGUCCCCAUCACGGCGGGCAUGAUGGAGAGUGGUACGGGUCCGGUAUGGGAGAUGGUUCUAGCCAGGGUGGCGGUGGACUUGGUUUAGGGCUGCUAUGCGAGUACUUCGUGUGUGUCCCCGGUGACGACCAGACACUUCAGGAUAGUACCCCAUAG